UGUGAAGUUUGAAUUAAAAUCGAGUAGUUCUAGUCUUAAAUCUCAUCUCACUUUACUUCAUUUAAAAAAAUAACAUUGACGCUAUUGACAGCUGAUAUGUCAUUUUGCUGAACCAUAAACCUACUGCCAAGGAACAUUGAAAAAAAUGUCAACAAAUUAUAAAUUUAUAGGUUUUUAACUCUAAAAUUGUUUUAAACAUAUAUGUAAUUUCAAAUAUGACUAAUUCCGACUCCGAAGACGAAAACUUCAUCCGUUACGGAACUCCACUAGAGCCAUAUGAAGAAGAUGAAAUUCCAAGCAAAAGAAAAUAUCAGCAACAACCAGAUCAGUAUGCCGUUGAUGACCAUGGUCGAAGGAGGUUCCAUGGAGCCUUCACUGGCGGCUUUUCUGCGGGAUACAUGAACUCUGUUGGAACACCUGAGGGAUGGACACCAACCGCUUUUAAAAGUUCACGUGUAGACAAAGCACAAAUAUCUUCACAAAGACCAGAGGACUUUAUGGAUGAAGAAGAUCGAGGGGAGUUUGGUAUUGCUCCUCGUCAGGUGCAGAUGCGCAGCAAUUUUUCCGGUCAGAAGAGAUCCAGACCCUCACAGUUUCAUGAAGGAACAAUACCUGGUGAACCAGUACUGCAGCAGUUAGUACAGGCAGUCCACGAGACAGCAGCGGUCCGUAUGCUCUGUGCCAUGGGCUGGAGACCAGGUCAAGGUACAGGUGAGAGGCUGUCUGUGAAACAGAAGAAACAAGCCACGGAGCAACACAAAGUAUAUGGCUGCUAUGUCCCUCCAGAAUUGAGGCAGAACUCUGAAACUCAAGAAGAUGAAGACAACUCAGACUUAGAAAUCGAUUAUGAGACUCUAUUCGCGCCAGAGGAUUACGAGCCUUAUAUCCUUGAGCGUAAAAGCGAUCGUUUUGGGCUCGGCUAUUCUGGCUUGAGCCGGCAUUCCGUGCUAGGGAACUUGGUGGGAGAAUAUGGCAGCGACGCCGGUAGUACAACAAGUCGUCUUGUUAUGCAAGACAAGGGAAAGAGGGUGUCAAUAAGAGGCCAAGCGUUCGGAGUGGGAGCCUUCGAGGCGGAAGAUGACGACAUUUACGCUACAGAAGACAUGUCGCACUACGAUUUCGCCAUAGGGAAACCGGAGAAGCAGAAGAUUAUCAAAGCAAAAGAGAAGAAUGGAAACGUUUUAGAAGGAUUCGUCAGGUCAAAGAAGCCGUUGCCGUCUGUUCCCUCGUACCCCGCACCCGCCCUCCCGCGAGACUACCGCCCCGCGCCAGCCGGACACAGGAGGUCUCGGUUCGAACCCACGCAACUACCAGGGAGGGAUCAAGGUCUGGGUCGCCACGAGCUCACGGCGCAGGCCAGAGGCGCUUUACUAGGAGAAACUCCCAUACAGAGACCAGCUACGGCCCAAGAAACGACUGGCCCAACCCCAAGCUCCACCCCACAGCCCCAAAUCACCACGGCAACCUCACGACACAUCGGAACAGACUUGACAGUCCCAAAACCAGAUUACAUAUCCAUAAAAGACUCGGGGAAGGAGUUGGUUAAGGUCUUCAGGCCGUUUGCGAGUGACCCUAAGAAGCAGUCCAGAUAUGAGCAGUUUCUGAAGGGCGUUGUUGUGGAGGCAGAUGAAGGAGACAGACUGAGAGAGUGGGAGAGGAACAGAGAGCUGAUAGAAUUCGAGCAGGCGGCUAAAUUGUAUAAGCCUUUGAGCGGAGUUAUGGAGGAUAGGUUCACGCACGCCAGCGAACCGGACGAUGCCCUGAACCCAUUGACGGCGGUCGCCAGAAGCUCCACCGGCUACGGCUUAGCAACUUCUGAGCAGAUAGAAGCGGCCAAGGGAGGUCUCUACGGCGCUGUGACCAGAGUGGAAAUACAAUGGCGGCCCGAAGCGCUCGUGUGCAAGAGAUUUAACGUUCCCCAACCCGGCGGCAUCAAUACAGAAGAAAAACAUCAAGAGCGACCGAAGAUUUCUUACUCCGUCUUUUCGUACAUGGAGUCUUCAGUACACGACAGAGACAGCUUCGCGAAAGAACAAGUCGCGUUCAGUGGGUCAAAAUCGCUGAAUCGGGAGCCUGUCAAAAUUGACACUAGACCUGUCUCUGUUACGUCAACGUCAAAUAAAACGGAACUCGUCGGCGCACCCAAAAGGAUGACAGUCGCGGAAUUGUUUUUAAAGGAAUCGGAGCAGAACAAAAACGAAGGGGUCCAAGUGACGGAGACAAUAAAUAAAUUCGAUAAAAUCGAUUUGUACAAAUCGAUAUUUCUCAGUGACAGCGAAGACGAAGACGUCGGUCAGACUAAAAAUAAUGAUCGCGAUUUCGCGGACGCGCCAAAGAAUUUGGAGAGGAACAAUUCACCGCCCCGUGGUAUUUUCGCUAAUAUCGAUUUCCACGAAAUAAACUCUUGGAAGAGACCAGAUAAAGAUGUCCAAGAACAAAAGCCCAAAGAUGCGGACGGUCAACCGAAAGUCGAUAAAGUCGAGAAUGUUCCGGCUCCCGACGAAACUUACGGACCUAAAAUACCGGAUAAUUUUAAACCGAACCUAGCUAGUCAGACGUGUAAGCAAGACGUGACCUUAGAAAUCGACUCCUCUUCCAGUUCCGACUGUUGGGUCGACGCGAACGAAGUUAAAAAGAAGAAAAAGAAAAAACUUAAGAAACACAAGUCAAAACAUAAGAAGUCCAAACAUUCGAAGCGAAAGAAAAAAGAUAGAUAAUAAGAAGGAAAAAAAAAAACUAACGUACUAAGACCCAUGACUGGUUCGUGGCAGAAAUAAAUAAAUAAGUGAAAUAGUAAAACUUAAUGUAAGCUACAAAAAUUAAAGCCUAUAAAAAUAAA